GUAGCAUCAAGACCGGUCAUGCGCAGUGAGCACAUGUUCCUCCAUAGGUAACAGUGAAGCGAGAAUUGAAUACAGGUGUACACUGGAUACUGAAUCACUGACUGACCCCACUCAGUUCAUUGUUUUUACGCUCCACGGACCACACAGGUCAGGACGUGAUGUAAUAGAAAGCCAGACACACCGCUGGGGAGUGCCACACCCACCGGACUGCAUGGUCACUGUAGUUUAGUUUCACUGUACCUAUUGGACCAUUCAGCAUGGCUACCGCAGACAACGGUGUCUACCUGCAGAACUUCUCACGGUUUAAUGACCCUGCACAGGGGAGAUUUUCUGCUUUGGGAUCAGAUGGUAUGACACCAGACGAUGAUGACCAUGAUGACGCAGAUGGCCAGUCUGCGGACCCAACACGACAGAGGCCCAAGUUUUCCAGUGUGGAAAGUCUUCCAUCUGAUGGUUCAAGCGUACGCAACAUGUUUUUUCAAGAUGGAGACCGUAAAAUCGACUUUGUCCUUGCAUGGAAGGUCAAGGUUAAAAAACAGCAAGAGGCGGAGGAGGCAAGAAUGAUCUUUGAGACUAACCUACGUGAUGAAGGCCUAGAACUGGAGUAUGACAAGAGGAACGGCGAGACCCACUUCAUGAAGGUCCAUGCUCCUUAUAAGGUGUUGGAGAGGUAUGCUGACAUCCUCAAGAUCCGUAUGCCAAUGAAGGAGACCGUCGUCUUACAUAACAUGGCCGGCAAAUUCGAGGACUUGGAGGUGUACAGCGUUAUGAAUAAAAGUCCCGUGCAGUCUGUGUCGACGCGGCUGUGGAAUUCCGUCACUGGCUUUUUCAAGCGCUUCCUGUCCCCCUUCCAAAUAGACCCGACUGUUAUGCCUCCAGUAAGGCGACGCUACACGUGCCCAUACAGCCGGAACAAGAAAUAUCUAUUUGAAAUGAAUGAAAAUAAAGAGCUGCUGUUUUCAAAUGCUGUGAGAAGUUGGAUCGUGGAUUACAUUUUGAGAAGGAAAGCAUUCAAGAAAGACGAAGGAAAAGCAUUUUCAUUUGGUCUGAAGAAGAUGAUGGCUGAUGGGUUCUAUGAUGCUGCCUUCCCCAUGCAUGAGGGUCACUGGAAGCCUGGGUCCGCCAACAACCCACGCAAAUUGCUCUACGAUUACUGGGCCGGCUGGAGGAGCUUCCUCAAGUUUCAGCCACAUGACUACAUCAGAAAUUAUUUUGGUGAAAAGAUUGCCAUAUACUUUGCCUGGCUUGGUUUCUACACGACAAUGCUGGUUCCUGCUUCGAUAGUUGGUCUGAUAGUGUUCAUCUAUGGCUGUGUUAUCAUGUACACAAAUGAUGUCACGGCAGAGCUCUGCGAUCCCAAAAACAACUUCACCAUGUGCCCCUUGUGUGACCGUCAGUGUCCCUACUGGAAACUACAUGAGGCAUGUACUCAUGCAGCCGUCAGCAGGAUAUUUGAUAAUGGUGCUACCGUCUUCUUUGCCAUCUUUAUGUCACUGUGGGGUACUCUGUUUCUUGAGUUUUGGAAACGUCGAGAGGCUACGAUCCAGUAUAAAUGGGACCUUACUAACUUUGUUUCUGAAGAGGAACCUCCAAGACCUGAGUAUUUGUCCCAGUUGGAAGGUUGGCACACACUGAAGGUCAACCCAGUCACAGGGAUCAAGGAGCCCCACCUCCCAUUCUGGAGGCGCCGUUUCCCCAUCUUUCUCUGCUCCUAUACAGUCAUGAUAGUUCUGGCACUGAUGGCUGUAGGUGCAGUGAUUGGAGUGAUAGCUUACAGGGUGUCCAUGUUGGCUGCACUACAACUGAUCCGAAAGCAAGAAAUAUUCACCAACAGCAGCGACGUUACCACCAAAACCGUCAAUCUCAUCUACCAGAAUGCCAGUCUUUUGACAACAGUGACAGCUGCCUUGAUCAACCUGGUCAUCAUUCUGCUGCUGAACUUCGUGUAUGGGUACCUGGCUUUCUGGCUGACAGACUGGGAGUGCCUGCGCACACAGAGCGAGUAUGACAGCAGUAUCACUCUCAAGUUGUUUGCUCUGCAGUUUGUCAACUACUUUUCUUCCAUCAUCUAUAUUGCAUUUUUCAAGGGGAGGUUUGUUGGCCGCCCCGGGAAGUACAGGACCGUGUUUGGAGGACGCCAGGAGGAGUGUGAGGCCGGGGGCUGUUUAAUAGAGCUGUGUAUUCAGUUGGCAAUCAUCAUGAUCGGAAAACAACUGAUACAGAACAACUUUGUGGAGAUAGUGCUGCCAAAAAUAAUCAAGUUCAUCAAAAAGAAAUGUGCGAAGGAGACUCGAGAGCAGAAACUAGCAAAGACUCCUUGGGAGAAAGACUAUAAGAUGACAGCUUCACAGACCACAGUUUUGUUCUAUGAAUACUUGGAGAUGGCUCUACAGUUUGGAUUCCUGACAAUAUUUUGUGCUGCCUUUCCACUUGCUCCAAUUUUCUGCCUGUUGAACAACAUCAUUGAGAUCCGCUGUGAUGCAGCCAAGUUUAUAACACAACUUCGCAGACCAGUAGCAGAUCGUGCUGCAAAUAUUGGUAUAUGGUACAGUGUGCUGUAUGGUCUCUCCAGGAUUGCUAUCAUCACCAAUGCAUUUGUGAUCUCACUCACGUCCGACUUCAUCCCUCGGCUGGUCUAUGGUUUGCGCUACAGUGAAGAUGGAAGCCUCAAAGGUUACGUCAACUACACCCUAGCUUACUUCAACACCAGUGAUUUUGAGGAGGACCACCGCCCAUCAGAUAGCAUUAUUUCUAAUGAAGCAAUCUGCAGGUACAAAGAUUUCCGUAACCCACCCUGGCACUAUGACAGAGAGUACCGCCGGUCAGAAGUGUUCUGGCAUAUUCUAGCUGCACAAUUGGCAUUUGUAGUCGUCUUUGAGAAUGUCGUGGUUGUGGUGACAAGUCUAGUGGCAUGGAUGAUACCUGAUGUUCCAUCCGAGCUGAAAGAACAGAUCCGUCGUGAGGCGUACGUGACAAAUGAGAUUGUGUUGAAGACCGAGCUGAUGCGAGCUCAUGGCCAAGAAAUCACUGCAUCAACAAUUGCUCUUGUUUCUGAUGAGGAGUCAGGCCGAUAUUCCCCCCGACUCAGCGAGGAUUUUGAGGAACCAAAGCUGAUUCACAGGGGAGUGAACAACGGGGUGGAGUCCGAAGACUCUAAGACUUAUGUCUAGCAGAAAUUGACAGCCUGUUAACACAGCAAGUCAAGGAGACUAACGUCUAGCAGUAGCUGGCCACCAGUCAACUCAACAACAGUAGGCAGCCAAGGAGACUACAUGUAUUGUCAAGAAGUUUCCUUUAGGCACCUAGACCCAGAACAGAUAUUAACUGCAGUAGGCUUUGUGAGUGUUUUGUGUUGAUCACUUACUUGAACGUAUGAAACCUCUGCCUACUAACAUGAACUAUGCUCCUUCCAUAAUAAUGACCGCCACACCAUCUCCCUCCAUUAUAUUGUCUUCAUGCAUGAUAAGAGGGUUGUUUAUUAUAUGAAGAGUUUUCUUAUAAGAUUAUUCUGUGAUGAGAAAGGGUAUGUCAUGGUUGUGAUGGAAGACCAUGACCUGCCUGCAUUGUAACAAGUGUCAAGUGCCUUUAACUUCACUCAGUUCCAAUCUGUGAUGUUUCAAAUUGAGAACCAUAGUGGCUAUAGUCGACAACACUUGUAUUUUGCUGUUACUGUAAAUUUGUACUUUAGACAAAACUUGUAUUGAUGGCAGUUGCUGAGGUAAUGUAACAGUGAAACAUUACAAUUGUUAAGGUAAUGUUACACUUUCACACUGCAGUUGAUAUAGGUGAUGUAACAUUUACAGUCCAUGUCAAAUGUUUUUAUAGUGCACUAGCCUGAACAUAGUGCACUAGUCUCUUGACGUCAUUUUCAGUAGAUCUUAGUGUUAAUGAUGGACUGCAUGUACACUGCAGUUGCUAAAGAUGUUGACACUUGUGUUGUGAUGCAAUAUUACCCAUACGCUGGAGGGAGUGGUGAAAGUUACUUUAGUUGUCUUUGCAAAUACAUAUGCCCUUAUUUCUUUAGCAACGAGUUUUGCAGUCUGACAGACUGAUUAUGUUUUGUUAGUGCAUAAUCAGCUUGGCAGCCAAUGGUAAUAUGUUGUUGAUGUUGUAUAUCCUUGAAACUUUUUUGUUGUCAAGGCUAUUUAUGAGCUAAUGCAUUUAAAAUAGAUUUCUACAAUUUUAUUUUACAUAGCAAUAUUGUUACCCACUAUGGUACACCUGAUGUAGAGAUUAUCCUCUAUCACAUAUCACACAGUUUAUUCACUGAGUUUACAUACAACACAGUACAUUCUUUUUUCUAUAUUUGUAUGUACACUGCUCUAUGUAAGUGUUGUAUUUUCCAGUAUUACUUCUGUACAGGCUUGGUGACAUUUGCUGGUCCAUGUUUUGCUGGUUUUGUUUCGUGUUAGUGAUGUUGUGUGAUAUUUUCUUAGCUAUUUUAGCGCUUUUUAUGAUGGUUUUAGUAAUGGGAAGAAAAGAUCUGCUGUAGUAGGUGCUCAGUCUGUAGCAAACACUUUGUGUCAGUAGCCCAAACCUGGAUUUAAGCCUCAUUUUCUGUAGAUUUUGAUGCUAUUAUCAGACUAUUAUUAGCUGAGCUUACUGGACCGAACAACAUUUUACUAGAUUCGGGCUUCAGACUAGUGGCUAGCGACACAGACUGGGGGCUACUUGAGCAUCUUCAGUGGGAGUUGAGACAAGCAAUAUAAGUGUGACAAAAUGUGCCUUUAUUUUGAGGAACAGGAUGUUUGGAACUGAAAAGUUAUAAACUUUACCUUUUUAUACAACUGGUUAUUUUUAAAUAUAUGCAUUAAUCUGUUAUUAUCAGUUAUUGUCGGUGAUUAUUUAAAAAUUACUAUCAUGUUCCAGUACAUGCAUACAGUUUAAGGAAAUGAAGGCUGUUUGUAAGUGUGGGUGCAUGGACAACCUGCUUUGUCAUAAGGUGUAACUAGGUAACUGAUAUGAUAUGCAUAGUACUGAGUAGCAAAUAUGAUUUCAGUUUAAUGAGACUGUAUUGUUGAUGGAGAGGGGAUAUUGCACAGUGCUACAUCACACCCUUACUAUGUAAAUAUUCCAACCAUUAACAUAAUUCUCUACUUUUCACUAGAAAGUUGAUUCAAAUGUCAAGAAUGAUAUGCUGGUUUGUCUUUUCAACAAUUUCUCAUAUAACUUCUCAAAACCUUAUCCAUCUUUCAAAUUUCUGUUUGAUCAACUGAUCUUAAAGCGCAGCAAAAUACCGGUAAAUGUUCAUUUUGUUAACAAUAGUGCUUACAAACAAUGUGUAACAUCUGUAUGAUUUUGUACCAUACAUUAGUUUCAUUGCAACACAGAAACCGAUCCUCUCUGACACAAAUGAUAUAUCAACACAUUAUUUUCAAGAAACAUUUAGAGUUUCUAUCAAAUUCCUUUGCAAACUGUCAAUGAUAAAUAGAUUUGGGUCACAAAACUUGUGUAUACACGAAUUCUCUGAAUGGUAUUUAGAAGUGGGUACUUUUAGAUAACUGAGAAAUGUGUAGGUAUUUGACAUAACUUCAGUUUAAGUGGUUGUGAAAUUGCUACAGUAAAAUAUCAUGUAUAAACCCGACACUUUGCAUCAUGCAAUAGUUCAAUGGAGAAUGUAUUCUGUCUUCACGUCUUUCUGAAUCUCAGAAGUUGGUUGUAUAAUACUCAGGGUCUGUGUCUUUCUUACCUGGUAGUUUAGCCAAAUGUUUUUUUAUGUAUGUUUUGUGAAUUGUUAAAAGGGUAUGUGCAUCAAGCCAAGUCCAGCUGGUUGGAAGUUGAAUUAAGGGCUGGGAGUAGGAAAGAUCUAUCCAUUUUGUUACAACAAUGAAACACCAUCAAACACUGUCACUUUGUUUUUGUAUGGUUCACCUGUGCCAGAGGUUUUGUACUGUGUUGUUGACUGUCUGUUGAUCCAUAAACUUUGACGUUUUCAACUUCUCAGAAAACAUUGUAGAUCAUGACUGACAGCAAAAUGUUAGUCAACUGAAGCUGAAUUCACAUAAGAUAUUCUGAAAACACAUUGAGUAAAAGCACUGUAUUUUAGAUGAUCUUCAAAAUGCUGACCUAUUAUGCAUAAAGUCUGACAUCACAUUAAUUUUUUACACCAUAUGAAAGCUCAAUUAUUGGCAAAAGUAAAACGAUUUUGCGUUCUGUAAAUGAUGACACCUUGUUAAUAACACCUUAAAGCAGUAUUGAAUAUUUAAAUUUGCAUUGUUAUUCUGUUGUGAUAUUGACAUAAAAUAUGUCCUUCACCACAUCUCUGAUUCCUGUCAGUUGAGGUACAGUCUUGCGAUACUGUUCUGGAACACCUAUUACUAUUACUAUGAGGUCAUAUUUGAAGGCAUCAUCAUAAAACCACAGAAUUGUUUAUUGUUUGCAUGUGCUUUAGCUAGUCUCCCGAAUAUCUUGCCCUCCCCAUGUAUUUUUAUAACACUACAUAUCACCACAGGCUAACUGAGUGUUACAGGUUAUGAUGCAUGUAUUUAUACCAAGGAUGAGUACCAGGAAGUGAGGAGCCCAUGGCUAGGGAGCACUUCCUAGGUGUGAUAUGACUGUACCCAUGUUCAUAUUCACAGAAAUAAAGUAUUGUCAUACUUAAA